AAUGAAAUCACUAUUGUAGAGUAAAUAUUAAUUGAAUUCAGAAAUUCUUUGAUCAUUGAUGAUUUGAUCACUUAAAUAAUGUGAAAUGAAUAAAUGGUUCCAUACAGAGAAUACAGUUAUUGACUGACUAUAAUUAUUGUGAAAAUGAUAUCUGAUUUCUGAAUAGUAAUAAUACAACGUUUUUAUUCAAUACUACAUAAAAUUGAUUACAGACAAUCAUAAGUUCACGUAAAAUGUAUUUAAGAAGAUAAUUAGUUCAUCGGGAGUUGUGAUCAGUUUUCAGUGAUGACCGGAGCGUAAUCAUUGUUAAAAUUGUAAUUAAAGGAUCCUGUUUUAUUUGUGCACCAAAAACAUUACGUAUUUGUAAACUGCAGAAAUCGUAUUCGUAUGAGAAGGGUCAUCAUCAUCACACAUCUCUGACAUACUAAAUGACAUUUCAAUUGAUAUUAGAAUAUAAAUACAUUGAUUAAUCUAUAUUUAAAAUUGAUAGAUAAUUAGUAUCUUUUUAUAGAAAAAAACUUAGUCAUUUAGCAGUGGGAAGUCCAUUCAAUAAAAUGUUCAAAAAAUUUAAAGAUAAACUUGCUGAAGAAGUCAAAUCAUCACCUCAAAGAAUUCAACAGUUUGCUCAAGCAGCACAGGCUGCUGUCACUUCUGCCUCCAGUAGUGUAUCAGAUAUAACGAAUAGCGAUUUAUUUUCGAUUGGUGAUAAUGAUACAGCAAAAUCAAAUGCACCUGUUGUUCCUCAAAAGAAUAAUAUGACCACAAAUAUUGCCUUUGGUGAAAGUACUUCAGAUUUAGUAGACACAGUAGACUAUGAGGACAAGCAAAGGCAAAGAAGACUUUCAAACAGUUCAUUUGCAAGUGAUAUUUCAUUCCGGUUUCCGAACUACGAGAGCCCAUCUAUGUACCAUUUACAAUCGGACAUGGAUGUCUCAGCUAGUGAAGCUGAAGACAGGAGCCUGAGCGGAGGUUCAGUUAAUCUUGAUAGAGUGACAAAGGAGCAGUUGUAUGCAGCAUACAGAAGAACUCGAGAAAAAUUUACCAGAUACAAGAAUCAGUAUUCAGAUUUAGCACGACACUAUAAACUCCUGGAAAGAGAGAACGCUAAAGCAAGAAAUGUUUUAGUGGAAACCCAAGAUAAGGCACUGAGACGAAUAUCGGAACUAAAAGAACAAUGCUCGUUGGAGCAAAGUGCAAAAGCUCAUUUAGAAAAAGCACUUCGUGUUGAAUUAGAUGAAAAAUCUAUGAAGAUUGAUGCUUUGUCCACACAAAUCAGUCUCAUACAAAAUAAAAACAUACACGAAAAGGAUUUUCAAAAUUCAAAUGAGAAUAUUAACAAUCAAGUACAGUUAAUAACUUUAAAUGAUGAACAUGAAUCCGAGGAAAAUCUACAAUCACCUACAGCUACCGAAACUGUAGUUUUAAACAACAAAAUUGAAAAAUUGGAACAACUCCUUAGUAAAUAUAAAGAAUCACUAAAGUUGUCGAAAGAAAAAAAUUCACAAUUAUCGACUGAUAUUCAAAAAUUAGCCUUGGAAAUAGAAUCUGUAUCCAAAGAAAAUGAUAAAUUAAAGUCUGAAUGUGAAAGGGUUUCUGAAGAUAAAAAAUUAAUAAAAGAAUUGCUGGAAAAAAAUGAAGUAUUAGAAAAUACUAACAAGGCUCUAGAAUUUUCUAAGAACAAAGAAAUUGCUAUUACUGCAUCUAGUUUGAAAAUAGCUGAACAGGAAAUAUCAAGUUUACAAAAAAAUAUAGAAGAUUUAAAGAAACGUGAAGAAGAAUAUGCAAUAUCUUUGGCUGAAAAUAAGCUAAGCAUUCAUAAAGAAUUAGAAGAUAAAGAGGCCGAAAUAAAGUCUCUAAAAGAAAGUGUUUCUAUCAGUCAAACAGAACAUAAUGAAUUAAAUAAAAUCAUAAAUGAAUCUAAAAAUAAAAUUGUAGAGCUGGAGAAUGAAAGAUCAGCUAUGUUGAAAGAUUUAACUGAAGUUAAUUCUCUGAGAACAAAAAUUCAUGAAAUUAGUUUAGACAACAAUGUGCUCCUUGAACAAAUUAAAACAUUUGAUAAUAAUAAAGGAAGGUUAGAUGAAGAAUAUAAAUGCCUAGAACUACAGUUAAAACAAGAAACUGCUGAAAAAUUGGCAAUGAUUGACCGAAAUGUUUAUUUAGAAAGUCGUAAUACACAGCUUACAGAAGAAAAUAUUAAAAAAAGUACUCAUAUAAAUAGCCUAGAGGCUCAGCUUUUGGAAUUAAAUGCAAAAAUAGAAUCAAUUCAGGCACAUAAAUCUGAUGGUGAAACAGCUGAAUUAAAAAUUAAAUGUAAUAAUUUGGAAUCAGAAAUCCAAGAAGAACGUGUGGAACUUGUUAAAUUGCAAACAGAGAUCGAAAAAUUAUUAUACCAUCAUGAAACAUUACAAAAUCAGAACUUAGAACUAAAUAUUGCCCUGGAUUUACUUAAAACUGAAAACGAUACGUUACAACAGAAAUUAAGUAAAAUGAAUGAAAUGAAUACUUGUUUUAAUGAAUGUAAGUUAAAAUUAACAGAAAUUCGAAAAAUGAUUAAUAUUGCAUCGAAAGAUUCGAAAUCGUUGAGAGAUCAAAUUCUGUCAGAAUUGUUGCCUAAAGUCAGGGAAGCGAUCAUAAAGCAAAACAGCUUAAUUCAAGAGGAAUUAGAGACAUCCAAAGCUGAAUUUCAUGACAGAAAUAAUACACUGAAUGUCACAAACAGUGAGCUGAAAUUCAAGCAUGAUAAAUUAAUUAAAGAUAUGGAGUUAUUGGAAGAAGAAAAUAAAAGGUUAAAAGUAAAUUUACAAGAAAAAGACUCCGAUUAUUCAAAACUUUUAGAAAUGAAGAACCUUAUCAGUGCCGAACAAGAACAAAGGAUUGGUAAUUUGGAUAAAAACUGUGAAAAGCUGUCCGAGGAUAAUAAAAAAUUACUCGAGGUUGUGGGUUUGUCUGAAACUAACAUAAAUAAUCUAAAAGAGGAAUUGAACAUGAUACAAAGUAAAAAUAAUUCCAAUCUGGAACAACUGACUAUUUUAAUGGACGAAAAACGUCAGUUAUUAGAAAAAACAAUUGUGCAGGAUAAGAGUAUCAAGGACAUACUGAAUGAUUUGAAAAGUUCAAAAGCUGAUUACAAUAACUUAUUGCAAUCAUCAACAGAGAUAAAAAACAGUAAUCUGAAGCUAGAAAGGGAAUGGAACGAGCUAUCCAAUCAAUAUAAUAAUUUAGAAAUUGAAAGAAGCACCCUGGCAGCGGAAAUAGAAAAGUUGAAAGAAGAGUUGAUAACUGAAAAAAAAUCGUUAAAGCUCUUAUUAGACAAAUCUUUGCAAUCACAAACAACUCAAACUGAUAAAAAUGAUAACAAAUUGACAGAAAAAAAUUGCAAGUGUGAUGAGUUAAAAGGCGACAACAAACGUUUGUGUUCAGAUAUUGAUGGUUUGCAAAUAUAUUUGUCAAAGAUUUCGAAAGAAAACAGUGACUUAAAUGACAAACUGCGAGAAAUAAUAGCAACAAGUGAUAAUUUACCUGAUAAAUCUGAUAAUUUCAUUAAUGAUAUGGAUAUUUUAAAAACAGAAAUAAGAGUUGGAAAAGACAAAAUAGAUGACCUCCUACGCGAAAAUUCGUUGCUUAUCGAAGAAAAUUUGGAGUUAAAAGAUCAAAUUCAGUCUCAACUAAACACCGAACCUUCAAAAGUUAUGAAGUCGAUCCAAUUAACAAGCAAUACCCCAAUUAUAAAUAUGAAUGAAAAAUAUGAUAAGUUAUUGCAGAGAAAGCAAGAUUUAGAAAGUAGAAUUACUGAAUUAGAACAAAUGAACAAUUCAUUGAACAAAAAUGUAGAUCACAAUCAGGAAAAAUGUGAGAAAUUAAAAACAUCCAAUGAAAAACUUCAGCGUAAGUUGGAUGAAGCUCUAGUCAGUUUGCGGCAUUUGCAUUCUCUGGAGGAGAAUACAGAACUAGAGUAUUUACGUAAUAUUCUAUACGAGUACCUCACUGGUGCUGGAACACAUUCCCUGACAUUAGCUAAAGUUUUAUCAGCUGUGGUAAAGUUUGAUAAUAAGCAAACAGAACAAGUCUUACAAAAGGAAAAAGAACGACAGGGUUUGCUUCGUCAGCUUGGGCUUCUUUGACAAGAAAAUGAAUAAAACGAAGCAACUUUGAAUGAGUGAGCUAAAGAAAUAUGCUAUGUAAAUAAGAAAAAUCAUACAAAUUAUUAUAAAUAUAAUAUAUUGCUAGAUUUAUUAAUGUUAAUUAGAUUUUAUAAGUUGUAAUUUAUACAUUUUAUCAAAUAUUAAAAUGAUAUUACGUCCAUUAUU